CGCCCUACGUCAGAGCUACAGGCGGCGCCAAUUUCUGCUUCGCCAUUUCAGGGCCGAAAGUCGAUUAGCGCAGGGAGCGAAGAGCGGCGGUUCGGACGGACUGAAACACGCGGCCGAUUCGUGUUUUCCAGAGUAUCGGUGUGUGUUUAGAGAGUCGAGGCCUGUUGAAAUGGGAGAUCCCGGCAUGCAUAGAGACUGUCCACUGGACUGCAAGGUGUACGUGGGGAACCUGGGGAACAACGGUAAUAAAUCAGAGCUGGAGAGGGCGUUUGGGUACUACGGCCCGCUGCGCAGCGUCUGGGUGGCCAGGAACCCCCCAGGCUUUGCGUUCGUAGAAUUCGAGGACCCUCGUGACGCUACAGACGCAGUCAGAGAACUGGACGGCAGGACUCUGUGCGGCUGCCGCGUGAGGGUCGAGAUGUCCAAUGGCGAAAAGCGCUCGCGUAACCGAGGCCCGCCCCCCUCCUGGAGCCGCCGCCCGCGUGACGAUUACCGACGCCGCAGCCCGCCUCCCAGGCGCAGAUCGCCCCGCAGGAGGAGCUUUAGCCGCAGCCGCAGCAGAUCUUUCUCCAGAGACCGCAGAAGGGAGAGGUCUCUGUCUCGAGACAGGAACCAUAAACCAUCUCGAUCCUUCUCCAGAUCCAGAAGUCGCUCUAGGUCGAACGACAGGAGGUGAGAGCGGUGAGGCGCUGAGACGGUCGCUACAGAAGGCUUGUGUAAAGACUGCGAUCAGUCGUCUUUUAACUCCAGCGUUGUGGACUCUGCGUCCCCCCCAGACUCAUCUUGCUUUGUCUGUUGUCUUUUUUUUAUUUUAUUUUUUUCCCCUCUUAUUUUAUAAAGUGAUCAGAUGUUUUAGAGCGGUUGUGUUUCCCUGCGAUGUGUGUGUGUGUGUGUGUGAGAUGGUGCUCCACUCUUUGCUGUAUUACACUUCAUUUUUCAUCCGGCAGCAUUCCAUCUGGGAUCCCCCCCUUUUUUAUUUUUAUUUUAAUGAAAGUUUUUGGGGUUUUUUGUUUUCUCCUCCUGAUGAUGCAUGGAAGGUUCGUGAAUGUAAGGAACUGGGUGUCUUGUUUUUUUGCUGUGUCCAUUCCCUAUUGUGUCAUGAGCUCCUAAAAGUGGAGAUGUGAAGUCCCUUUACCCCCCGCGUCCCCCACAUCCCCCCCCCCGUAUGUUUAGCGUUGAGGAGCCUCUAUAAAUUGGACAUUGUGGCGUGUAGCUCGAGACGGGGACGGGGAAACGUACAGCACCAUGAACAGGUUUUUGACCUUCAUACAUUGUUUUGCUCCUUUUUUUUUGUCCUCCCUAGUGUUUGUACCGUUUGUAAUGUUUAUCUGAAAUUAAACUGGUUCCAGAAUC